CUAAAACUCCAAAACCUCAACUUCUGGGCUGGCCUCCAUGGCCAGGUUCCAGGCCUGCUGGACUGGGAUAUGGGAAACGAGCUCUUCCUGACCUUCACCACUGACCAACUGCCCCCAACCCAGCAGAACCUUGCCAAGUAUAAACUUCGAAUAGUUGAGCCACCAGCAGCACUGUCUCUGGAGAAAAUUUCUGAGCACAAUGGUGAGGAGAGAAGAGGGUCAGCUCUUAAACCCAACCUGUGGAUGUGGGUGAGCCCCAACAUCGUGUUCCCCCCAGGAAAGCUGGAGGCUCCAGAGCCCGCAAAAGGGGAACAGCUGACAAGUCCACUUUCUUCUCCCCAAGGAUCUCUCAAAGGGGAGGACUUGGAGAGUUCUUCUGAGGUCACAGUGGACUCCCCGUCAACCCCAUCCAGUGAGAAGUUUCCCCCUCCGAAGCACUUUGCCUCUUCCCCUAGCAUCCCACAGCUUCUGGAAGAGGAGGUGGUGGAGGUCCAGGAUGACAGCUCUUCUGUGGCUCUCAUGUCCCCCGACCAAAGAGCCCUCCUCCAGAACGAGAGACACCAGCACACCUGCAGUAAAGAGGGACAGGUCUGGGCCCGGCCCCCCCUCAAUUACUUUCAGCUGAUUGCCUUGGCACUAAGAAACAGUGCCCCCUGUGGCCUCAACGUACAGCAGAUCUAUAGCUUCACCAGACAGCACUUCCCCUUUUUUCUGACGGCUCCAGAAAGCUGGAAGAACAACAUUCGCCACAACCUUUGUUUCCGAGACUGCUUUGAGAAAGUGCCCAUGGGUACCAACUCCCGGGGAAGCUACUGCCUCUGGAAGCUGACAGAGAAGGGCCAUCAUCGCUUCCUGGAGGAGAUCCGCACCCUGGCCACCUCUCAGGUGCAGAGUAUCCAGAAGUGCAUGAGCCAGCCAGAUAUGAUGCCUUUCCUCUUUGACGUCUUUGAUUCCAGACAGUGGAGUCCACAUGCAUCUCAUUAA